UCACAGAACACCUCACGCCGCACAGCCCGCCCCCCUGGCCCUGCCCCCUGCGCCAUAAGGGGGCGUGGCCAGGACAAUGAGGUAAUCGGGGUAAACAGAAAAGAUGGCGACGUCUGUAGCCGGAGACGCGCAGCAGAGUCUCAAUGGGAUUAUCUCCGAGCCCCGCGACAAGAAACUGACCGACCUGCCGAGCGAGCUGCUGGAACACAUCCUCUGCUUCCCCGUCCUGCAGCACGGGGACGUCUGCAACGUGUCCUGCUGCUGCAAGCGGCUCCACGACGUCUGCCACGGGAGGGGAAAGGUCUGGGGACACCAGUACAAACUCAGAUGGCCGAGGCUGCAGAGGUUUUACCGUCAGAACGAGUGCUGCGACUGGCUCAAAGAGUACAAAACUCGCCAUCGAGUGGGUAUACAGAUCAGAAGGACGGUGGAAUCAAUCUCGAAGAGGUUCUUUACAGAAGUUAGAUCUGUAACUCAGCCUUGCGUUGGCCAGGUGCUCGGAGACAGCUUUGCAGAGAUUGAGUCGCUCGGGAUGCCAGAGCACUUUUGUGAAGACGAGCUCCUCUUCAUACUCAACUCUGACAAGAGGAAAAGCUUGACUUUGAAGUACUAUGCAAAGAAAAUCCUUUACUUCCUGAGACAGCAGAACAUCCUGAGGAGUCUGAAGACAUUCCUGGAGCAGCCUGUGGAGCAGCAGUCGGCUCUGGAAGGUGCCGUACUGGUGGAUCAGUAUUGUAACCCGCUGGCCGAUGUCACACUGGAGAGCAUAUCAGCCCAGGUGGAUGAGAUCGCAGAAAAAGUUAAGAAGAUGCUGAGAAUCAAGAACCCGUCUCACCCCAGCCUGCGACUCGCUCAAGGUGACUGUUUAGUCGUAGAAGACUUUGAUCUCCAGCGGCAGGUGGUUUCUGCCUUAAACGCCGUCCUGUAUGAGCAACUUCAAUACAAAGGCAACGAGUUUGACUACUACAAUCCCCUCAACUCUUACAUCCACCAGGUGCUAGUACGCCACACAGGCAUCCCCAUAAGCCUCUCUGUUCUCUACAUGACGCUCUCCCGGAAGUUGGGCGUUCAGGUGGAACCCGUGAACUUUCCAAAUCACUUCUUGCUGCGCUGGUGCCAAAAACCAAGAGGGAGUGAGGACAUCUAUGACUUUGUCUACAUCGAUGCCUUUGGUAAAGGCAAGCAGUUGACAGCCAAGGAGUGCGAGUACCUCAUCGGCCACCAGGUGACGGCAGAUUACUACAGUGCCAUCAGCACCACAGAGGUGCUGCUCAGGAUGGUGGGAAACCUGCUCAACAUCGGCAAGAGAGGCGAGGGCAAUGAGAAAUCCUACCAGCUGCUGAGAGACUCUCUGGACCUCUACCUCACUAUCAACCCAGACAACGUGCAGUACCUGCUGCUGCAGGCGCGUCUCUACUUCCACCUGGGCAUCUGGCCAGAAAAGGUGCUCGACAUCCUGCAGCACAUCCAGGCGUUGGAUCCCUCCCAGCACGGGGCCGUGGGUUACCUGGUGCAACACACGCUGGAGCACAUCCAGCACAAGAAACACCCUGUGACCCCUGAGGUGAAGAGGCGCAGCGCUCCGGAGCACCUGGAGGUCCAGUAUUCAGUCGGCCUGAUCAUGAAACACAAGAGGUCAGGUUAUAACUGUGUGAUUUACGGCUGGGACCCCAAAUGCACCAUGAGUCAGGAGUGGAUCACGACCAUGAGGGUCCACCAGCUGUCCAGCGGGGCCAACCAGCCUUUCUACAAUGUCCUCGUACAGGACGGAACAUGCCGCUACGCAGCGCAGGAAAACCUGGAGCCCCACUCAGCCCCCCUGGAGAUCGGCCACCCGGAGGUGGGACGCUAUUUCUCAGAGUUCGCCGACACCCACUACGUUGCCAACGAGGAGCUGCAGACACGAUACCCGGAGGACAUGAGUGAAACCCUGGGCUCGGUGCAGGAGCUCUACCACAGACUGACGCCUGGCUCUGGGAACCAAGAGCAGGCUGCUGCUGCUGCUGCCGCCUCAGACCAAAACAACCACCAAGCCAUGUCCAAGUAGCAAAGCAUCAUGCUGACCCAGGCUGAGCAAUCACUGGUCCCCCGGGCUCAAUUUACUGUCCAUUUAGAUGUUGCUCAAUUGCACAGACUCAAGAAAAGAGCAUACAGUAUGUGAUAGACAUGGAAACGAUUCAUAAAUGUGGUUCUGUAUCACAAGACUGUUUACGAUUGGAAAGAUAUUUUCAACGUCUCCAAAUCUGGAUAAGAUCAAAAAAGUCUGGAAAGUCAUUGUUAAAUAUUGUUAAUAUUUCUGCUUCAAUACACAUCUCAAAAAAACCUCAGUACAUUUGUUGUUAAAACAAAGCUUCGUUAUCGAGUUCCAUUUCCCACAAACCCCAAAAACUUCAAUAUCUUAAAAUCCGGUCACAAGCUUGAGUUUGGAUAAAGUAUGAAAACUGACAUCAGCCGACAGCUUGACGGAUAAAAGGUUUGACGUUAACACCUAAGUGGACGUGUGAAUUCAGGAUGGGGUGUCCAGGUGCUGUAAAUCUCUCUUUACCUAAAAACCAAGGAAUGCACCUUCACCCAGAGAGCUCCUCCAGACCCCCCCCCCAUCCUUCUCCUCCUCCUCCCUGCACCCAGCACCAGUCAAACAAGCCCCCAGUGCAGAGCCUAAACCCACCAGUUACAGUGCCACAGAAAAUAUUUACCAUGAAAAUACUUUGUAAAUUGACUUUUACUUUUUAUUCCCUGUCUUCUAAUCCAGUUCCAUGCACUUACGAGAGUUUAACUUUCUCAUUUCAAGAGUAAAGUUUUUCUUUUCUCCUGUAUAUUAACAAGUAAUAGGCUUUGUGUCUCGGCUCAACUCUGCAGUGCGAGCCGCUCAUGGAAAAACAAAAGAGGAACCAAUAUAGACUCUACUGACUUAGAAUAAGAGCUUUGAGGAAAUGAGAGAACAAAUAAAGCAUUUCAAGUUUUA